CACUAACAUGGCUCUUCUGCUGAUCAUCGCUGCCGUGGUGUUAGGUGCAUUUGCUGACACUGGGCCUAGAUAUACUCCUCCUGCUCCGUCCUACAACCCUCCUGCCCCAUCCUACAACGCCCCUGCACCUGCUCCUGUGGGACCAGCACGGUACGACUUUAAUUAUGCCGUGAAAGACGACUACUCUGGCAACGACUUCGGCCACCAGGAGGCCCGUGACGGAUACGACACUCAGGGUACCUACUAUGUCCAGCUCCCCGACGGCCGCCUGCAGACAGUCAACUAUAACGUGAACGGCGACUCUGGCUUCCUAGCUGAUGUGGCUUAUCAGGGAGAGGCUCAGUACCCUGCCCAGCAGCCUUCAAGAACCUACCAACCUGCUCCUGCCCCAUCCUAUCAGCCUGCCCCUACCCCCGCCUACGGUUGAAAAUAAAUGAUAAUGGACAUUCCUUUCCUUUUUGAUAAUGUUAAGCCCUAUAUAUUUUCUUUAUCUGUAAACCAUG